AUAAGCAAGAACUAUGCCUUUGAGAUUGCGGAUGUGCCAGCAGAAUGCGACUACCUUGAAAUCAGAUAUGAUGCAGAUGGUCCAACCAUGCCGUCUGAUCUGAAAGGAGAGACGUUUAGCCAUUGUAUUUGGAACUAACACUUCUAGCUUAGAGAGACUGUUGAUAGAUCGCAAGAUGAAGGGGCCAGGAUGGCUUGAUAUCAAAUGUCCUCAGAACUCCUCUCCACCCAUCAGUUGGUGUAAACUAGAGGUGUUCGUGACUGGUCCAGACUUGGUGUCGGUGUGUACGGAGCCUAACCUGUCCCCGCCCCCCCUCGUUACCAUGACGCUGAACCUGAGAACACUGCCCAACACAAAGACACACCAGAAUGAGAUAAUUGGAGCUGCGUGCCUGAUUAAUCCCAGUUUCCACAUGGACAGACCUGCUCCUGAACAGCCUUUUCAGCAGCAUUUCUGUGCCAUAAGCAAGCCCAAUGACUGCAUAUUCCCUUGGGAUUUCAAUGAAAAAGUACAAAAAGAGAGUAGGAAGAUGAAGGUAGAGGUGCUGCCCACCGAAAGAGCUCUGCUUGGCUUCCUGCUAGCAAAGAUUCACAAGAUAGACCCGGACCUCAUAGUGGGCCAUGACAUCUAUGGGUACGACCUUGACAUCCUGCUGCACCGUAUCAAUGCUAACAAGAUCCCUCACUGGUCCAAGAUUGGCCGCCUCAAGAGGACUGUCAUGCCAAAACUAUCUAGUUACCCCAGUCGCGGGGCGUCUCACUCUGAGAAGUCAGCCAUGUGUGGUCGCAUGGUGUGUGACAUCAAGAUUUCUGCCAAGGAACUUGUGAGGCUGAAGAGCUUCGACCUCACAGAGCUAACCCUGCAGAUCCUCAAACAGAAACACGUGGAACUGGACUUCGAGCAGAUCAGGAACAUGUACAGCUCGACUGCAAUGCUGCUACAUCUGGUUGAGCUCACACUUAUUGACUCCUGUCACAUCCUCAACAUAAUGUAUGAGCUGAAUGUCCUACCCCUGGCUCUGCAGAUCACUUCCAUCUGUGGCAAUAUCAUGAGCCGCACACUGAUGGGAGGUCGGGCUGAAAGAAACGAGUUCUUGCUGCUUCAUGCCUUCACAGAGAAGGACUUCAUAGUCCCUGACAAGGAGUACAAGAAAAAAGUCCCUGCCCCAGUGGCUGAUGAGGAGGAGGAGGUGGAUGUGACUAAAGGCAAGUCAGGCCAGGGACGCAGGAAACCUGCCUACGCUGGAGGGCUCGUGCUGGAACCAAAGAAAGGUUUCUAUGACAAGUACAUCCUGCUGCUUGACUUCAACAGCCUGUACCCGUCCAUCAUCCAGGAGUACAACAUCUGCUUUACCACCAUCACACGCACCGAGCAGGCAAAGUCUGCGGAGAAUGAGGAUGAUCUGUUGAGCCUGGAGUUGCCGAGUGCGGACCUCAAGCCUGGCAUCCUGCCCACGGAGAUCCGCAAGCUGGUGGAAAGCAGGCGGCAGGUGAAGGGCCUCAUGAAACAGGAGGGGCUCUCUCAUGAACAGAUCAUGCAGUAUGACAUCAGACAGAAGGCACUCAAGCUGACUGCCAACUCCAUGUACGGCUGUCUGGGCUUCACUUUCUCUCGCUUCUAUGCCAAACCACUGGCUGCACUCAUCACAAUGAAGGGAAGGGAGAUUCUUAUGAAGACAAAAGAUUUAGUUCAGGCUAUGAAUCUGGACGUGAUAUACGGAGAUACGGACUCUAUCAUGAUCAACUCCAACUCAACCGACAUCAACGAGGUCACCAAACUGGGAAAUAAGAUAAAAGGUGAGGUGAACAAACUGUACAAGCUCUUAGAGAUUGAUAUUGACGGCAUCUACAAGAGUAUGCUGCUGCUGAAAAAGAAGAAGUAUGCGGCCCUGAGUGUACACAAGGGGCCUGAUGGCAAGUACACGACCCAGGAAGAGAAGAAGGGGCUGGAUAUUGUCAGGAGGGACUGGUCAGGGCUGGCCAAGAGUGUGGGAGACUAUGUUGUGUCGACUAUUCUGAGUGGUGAGUCGCGGGAGACUGUGGUAGAGCUGAUACACUCUCGACUGAACGAGGUGGGAGAGCAAGUGAGGGAGGGGAAGAUUCCUGUAGAAGAGUUCCUCAUUACCAAGCAACUGACCAAGAACCCUGAAGACUAUCCAGACAAGAAGUCCCUGCCCCAUGUGCAGGUCGCUCUCAGGCUCAACAGCAAGGGGGGCAAGCGACUGAAGGGAGGCGAUACAGUGGCAUAUGUGAUAUGUGAGGAUGGGUCCAACUUGGCAGCCUCACAACGAGCAUAUCACCCUGAUGAGCUGGCCAAGAGUGACUCCUUGAAGAUUGAUACAAAGUACUAUCUGGCCCAUCAAGUGCACCCUGUGGUGUCCAGGUUGUGUGAUCCCAUAGAGGGAACAGAUGCCUCCCAUAUUGCAGAGUGCCUAGGUUUGGACCCAGCUGGUUACCGGCAUGCAGCCCAGGCCCGUGAGGAGGCAGGGGACCAGGAGCUGCUGGACACAGUGAAGGUGACAGAUGAGGAGAAGUACAGGGACUGUGAAAGGCUCAUGGUUAAGUGCCCUGGGGCCACAUGCAGGAGGGAGAUCGUGCUGGACGUCCCACUGAAGGGAGCAGACAUGUACAUCGAAGCAUCUCUUGGCAAGUGUCCAAACGAACAGUGCCCUCUGAUUGUUGCCAAGAACCAUGUUGCUAUAGGCAACCAGCUGACUGUUGCUAUCAGAGACCAUAUCAAGAAGUACUACCAGGGUUGGAUGAAGUGUGAAGACAUGGCUUGCGGUGCACGGGUCCGUAAGAUGCCCCUGAUGUUCCAGAGGGGGCACCCUGUCUGUCCCAGCUGUAACAAAGGAGUCCUCAACCCUGAGUACACAGACAGCAUGCUGUACACCCAGAUGUGCUUCUACCAGUAUCUGUUUGAUUUGGACCGAGCAGUGAGACAGCUCACAGAGAAAAAUGAGAAAGAGAAAGCCCAGCAGUUCAGUAAGGACCCGGAUAUAAAGGAGGCAUACACCCAUCUGCGUAGAGUGGCCGAGUCCUGGCUGAAACGUAGCGAGUACUCCGAGGUCAACCUUGAUAAACUCUUUGAGGGACUGUUUUCUGUGAAAUAAACAAGGGCUCUCGUGUUGUUUUGGUUCAAUCUUUACUAUUGAAACUGUUGGAAGCAGUGAAUUUGUUUCUAUUUAUAUUUGUAACAUAGGAUGAAAAUGAAUUAGUUGUGAUUUAAAAUAUUUUCAAUUCUAUGCAUAGAAAUGGUAGAAAAAUAGAAGCAAGCUGAAUGAUAUUUUGGAAUUAACUUUCUCAUAAAAACUCUUAAAAGUUAUACCUGUAUUUCAAUUGUAUUGGUUUAAGUGGGCUCAUUGAGGUGCAUGAGUAUUUUAUUUUUUUCAAACUAGCAAUUUUGUGGAGGGAUAUUUAAUUGACUGUAAUAACUGCAAUUGUGAUAUUUUUUCGUUUUGGAAAGAAACACGGAUUAAAAGUACCAGUAAUACUUUUUUCACUGUUCAAUUGGGUGUCUUGAAAGCAUUUUUAUGAGGUAAAUUGCUGCUACUGUCAUUGUCGCAGAAAUGCUUACUUAUUAUUAUAUAGUAUUUAUUGUAUAUUGCUUCCAAGUUCAUGUUGAUACGUAUUAGUUUGUUCUUUGACAUUAUUAUAUAGUGCUUUUCAAUGUUUUUGUGAAAUAAUCAUUAUAAAUAAUUAUUUGAUGUAAUGUGUGUGUCUGUCUGUUCAUUAAAUAUUAUACAGAAUUUAUACUCUAUAUAACUUAUUUUUAAUGAAACAAUAUUUUUAAUAUAUCUAUAGUAUGAUACUAUUAUUCAAUACUUUAUACACGCUAAUCUGCAUCUCUUACUUUUUGAUUUAUUGUUUUUCGGCGUAAGCUGUAUUAAGCCAGCUUUUCACCUUAGCCUGAUCUUUGUAAGUGUCCAAUAAAAUUCCAAUAAAAUUUCCCGCGGCUAGGUACGAAUGAAUACACUUCAUUUAUUCCAUUGGCUGAUUUGAGUAUACCACCAGAACAUUGGAAACAUAUACGCGUCUUUGUAACACUGUUUUACUGUAUGAAACUAUUUUAUCUCGAAUGAAAAGGCUUAAUAGAUAGAACAGUUUUACACUCAAUUCUCGACAUCAAUACAGUUUGUGCGUACACCUUUUAUUUUCAGAGUAUUACCAGCGCAAGAGCGUUUAUACUUAAAAGGCUAUGUUCUCAUAUUUAGUACUUACUUCCUUAUUCCUGUCAACAUGUUAACAUGUAAAAGUAUAAAGAGCAAUGGAAGCGAGGCCUCACUUUAAAGCAUUGCAUUUCAACCCGCGAGGUAUAUCGGGUCAAUUCGCGGACAUUCAGAGUUUAUAUACAGGUCAUCACCGGAGUUGGCCGCCAGUAAAAUAAUCGUUAUAUAAUAAAGACGCUAUCCGUGAACUAGGUGACCUGGAAUUUUCUUUAGACCAGAAAUAUGUUAAAUGAAGAUAUUCAGCAAUAUAAUUAUGGUAUGUAAAUAAUAGAUUCUUAAUGUGUUUUCAACAAUACAAUGAUAAAUAUUGUUGAUAAAUUUAACAAUAAUUAUUCGUCCAUAUUGCCUAAUGUACUAAAGUGAUAUUAUGAGCAUGUAACAGUUUAUAGGUGUCUAUCGCAACCGUUGAUUAUUUUUGAUGUUUCUACUUCAUAUACACUUAUAUUAAUUAAUGCAGCAUCAUCAUACUAAAACAAUAUACCAGAAAGAGAAAAAUAAUGCAUUUGAAUAUCAACCGUACUUUCGUUUGACAACUGAUCAUGCGUUUACGAGUUGAACCUAAAUUUAGUUUUAGUGCAGAUUUGUUCAUACGACACAAAGACACGAAAUUGUUUUACGGAUCAUUUCAGCUUACAGGACUGGGUGGGUCACGUAAGAAUAUCGAAUAUAAAAUAUAUUUUUAUAAACAACUGGUAGCAAGGUGAGUUGCAGAUAAUUAAUCAGUAACCACAUUUUAACUAACUAUUUUGACCUGUUAAUUCUUUUCAGCUCAAUUCAACAGUGCAAAAUGCCCAUAAUAUCACUUUAAGCAUUAGCACGAUGAUAAUUGAUACUGUUAAUAAUCGAAUCAAAUAGCAAUGCCCGACAAACCACUAAAACAGGUUUGUUCGAAGAACGCGCCUAUAAAUACGGAUACUUCUCGUGUGGCCGGUUGACUCAUAUGUUUAAAUUUCACUUCCAUUCUUCUUUUGGUUUUCUGUUUUGUAUCUAUAGGUUUAUGACCAGCAAUAUGUUAUAAUGUAAAAUAAGCCGCGAAAACUCCCCGUAACAUCCCGUACUGCGUGUGAUGCAGCUAAGAACUGCACAGAAAAAGACAUUCGCUAUCCUUGAUCUCAUUCAUUAAACUAUUUACGCCGUAUAUCUUUUUUAAAGAUAUUUCUUGUUUUUUAAUUUUCUUACUUAAAUUUAUCUUUAGAUCAAAGUUCUAAGGCUUCUUGUUCAUAUUGUGCAAAGUGUGAAUGUGCAACAUGUUCAUAUUUCAUGAAAGCCACAAAAUGCCAAAUUCGUGGAGUUGUAUCAGCCAUUAGAUAUAUUUCUGGUGUUCUAUUUGUCAAAAUGAUUUCAAAUGGUUAAUGUUGGGAAUGUGGUGUGUAAAUAUAAAUAUGGCGUGUAAAAUAAAUAUGUGUAAGUAACUGUAUUUAAAAUGUUGUUAUUUUCUGGAAAACAUUCGCACCUGUAAGUGAGAAUAACUUUGUGUGUUAAUAUAUUUUGAACAGAAUGCCAAAUAUA